AGGCCUACUUAAGGAAGCACUGAGGCGUUUGAGGCAUCAGUCAUCGUGUGAACACCAUCGAGUGACCAUCUACUCUGCUGUUUGUCCCGUCCUGCUUCUUAAGCUUUUGCGUUACUCAAUGGCCGCUCACGGAAUCACAUUCGCCGCCCUCCUCCUCGCCCUGGCCGCUCUCACGCACGCAGCCGACACCACCCACAAAGACGACGCACGACUUUUCUACGACGACAAAGACACCUCCGUCACCAUCGGCGGCGCGUCCCUCUUCUACAUCGGGGUCAUCUUCGUCGGCCUGCUCUUGCUCGCGUCUGUCCUGGGCCUCUUCGGGACAUCGGCCAAGUUUGCUCAGCCCUACGAUUACGCCUCCGCUACUGGUUACGGUGCCCCUGCCCCAGCUUACGACGAGAAGACUACCUUCUCCGUCCAACAAUUGAUUGAUGAUGCAGUCAACAAGUUCCAGUAGAGCCCGCGAACUUAAAUAUUAUUCGAGAAUCGAAUAUGCUUACAGAAUGUUCCUGUUCUGAUGAUUAUUUAUUUUCACAAAACUUCUGUGAUUUUUUCUCCUUGUUGUCACAGACAGUGGAACCCGUGAUUGAUCUGUUGAUCUUUUAUUUUCUUUGUUCUGUUUAAUUUAUCCUGUAAAUAAAUUGUUUUAUUUA